CAGCUGUAACAGUCGGCUACGCAUCAACUGCGUUUGAUAAGAAUUCUCAGAAACUUCAACUGGGUCGAAAUACCAAUAAAUCGUAUGACAGUGUAACACAUAACAAACAAACUUUAACGUUAAGCUUGUAAGCAUCUCGAAUAAACGUCCCGUUACUCAGUCUCAGUGUAGAUUAGUGGCCGGGCAAUAACAGCGUCAUCUGAAGAUCGAUACUGCGCAUUAAGCAUAUUUUCGCAUUUACUUAGAAUAAACAACAACAAAGAAGUUUCGACGCUAAAAUGAUAAACGAAUAUUACGUGUGCUAAUGCAAUGCAGUGGAGUAACGCAACCAUUGCGGCAGUAUAAACUGCAAUCAAUCAAACAACUACACACGCUAAGACGGCAUACGGUAAUUCAAUUGGCUCAAGCACUGCAGUUGGAGGACAUGACAAGGCACUGACAGCCCAUUAAGUGAAAUACCAAAGACUGUGAACACCCCCUAACUAGAAGAAGAGAUAUAAACCAAGCGCAGUCCACGCGAUCAAAUUAGCAAGCAAAAUCCGUCAAGAUGAAUGUGAGCAGCAGCUUUUUUGACGAUCACUUUGGUCUGAUUUACUCAAGUCUGGUCAAUCAAUAUGUGCCCGAAUAUAUCAAGAAUAUGGAAUAUACACCCUGGGUCUUCUCACUGCUUGGCUCAGUAGUGAUUGGACUCAGCGGUAUAUUUCCAUUGCUCAUAAUACCCACAGACGAAAAAAUGGCCAAGGACGGCUACAAAGAUCCUGCUGAGUCUAAGUUUUUGCGCGUGCUGCUUAGCUUUGCGGUGGGCGGACUCUUGGGUGAUGUAUUUUUGCACUUGCUGCCAGAGGCUUGGGAGGGCGACAAUCAGACUGCCGAUAAUCAUCCAUCGCUGCGCUCUGGCCUGUGGGUGCUUUCCGGCAUACUCAUCUUUACCAUUGUCGAGAAGAUCUUCUCGGGUUACACAAGCGCUGAUGAGCAGAAUCCGCAGCCUAAAUGCGUCGAGAUUGCUAACUGUCUGCUCCGUCGUCAUGGCGGCAAACUGCCAGAGGGCCAGACCAUGGAUAGCUGCGGCGGUGCCUGCGACAUUGAGGAUGUGGACAAAAUGUGCUUUUUGCGUGAACGCGAACUGAAGUCCAAGGAGCCAAAGGAUCAGCCCAAGAAAGUGGCCGGCUAUCUAAAUCUGUUGGCCAAUUCCAUUGACAAUUUCACGCAUGGGCUAGCGGUCGCUGGAUCGUUUCUGGUCUCAUUCCGGCACGGAGUGCUGGCUACCUUUGCCAUACUGCUGCACGAAAUUCCACAUGAGGUCGGCGACUUUGCCAUAUUGUUGCGCUCCGGCUUUAGUCGAUGGGAUGCGGCACGCGCACAGCUGCUGACGGCUGGCGCCGGCCUCUUGGGCGCUCUGGUGGCCAUUGGCGGUUCGGGCGUCACCUCGGCCAUGGAGGCACGCACAUCCUGGAUCAUGCCGUUUACCGCUGGCGGUUUUCUGCACAUUUCAUUGGUUACAGUAUUACCAGAUCUCUUGAAGGAGGACGAGCGCAAGGAGUCUGUCAAACAGUUGCUGGCGCUAGUCUUUGGCAUUGCCUUGAUGGCCGUCAUGACCAUGCUCUUCGAGCACUGAGCGAGGUACUCCAAACAACAGCAGAAACAACAACAACAGCGCCAGCAGUAGCAGCAGCAAUAGCAAUAGCAACAGCAACAUUUAUCCGUUGCUUUAUAAAUUGUUUUGUUAUUUUUCUUUAGGCCAUUACAAAUCCUAAAUUGUCAUUGGCAGCAGUAGAAUUUAAAUUUUUGUUGUAGAUCUUUCGAUUUAUGACAUUGUGAGUCGUCCUGCUUGUGUUAUGUAAUUAUAGCCAACUAAUACGAAUGAUAUUUGAACUAUUGUUAUUAAUUACG